GAGGAAACCAAAUUGAUGAUCGUACUAUUUAUUUACUACUUAAUACUAAAAUUACACUAAAUAGUCAAUAAACUCAACUCUUUUGACUUUAUUUAUAAAACUUAUCUGGAAAAUAUAAUUCAUCUUCGUUGAUUCUGUAAUUUAACUUAAUAAUAUUUAGUCUCUGCAAUAUUUAAAUACAUUUAAAAAAAAUCCCUUCAAGCUCAAUGCGACCUUAAUUUCCUGCAUUAUUAAAAAUUUAUUACAAGUUAAUAAUUAGAAUUAGUGUUAGGACACAGAGUACGGAUCAAACGGUUUGCGGCUCUCUUUCCAAAAGGGGUUGUGUAUUGCAGGUAAAACCCACGCCCACAGCCAUGUCCAUACUCAGAAAUUUGCAGUUCCUAAACAUAUAUGCAUGGUUUCUCAAGCAAACUCCAUACUAGUCUACAUGCCUACCCAUCAAACAGUAUCCUUCUGGGGAACUAAUAUAUUGAUUCAUCCUCUUUCCAAGAUAGAAGAAGGAUAAGGACUUAGCGUGUCCAGCUUAACUUCAAAAGAAGCCACUUUAUAUAAAUAGACAAAAUGAAAGCCAAGAAAUGAAAGAAAACCAGAAAAGGAAACUCCUCCUGAUUUUCUUGAUUCUUGCAUGUCUUUAUCUUUUUUCUUUUUGAAUAUUUCAUUUGGCAUUUGUUUGUUCUUUCAAGGUUUUUGGGGUUUUGUCUCUGUGUUCGUAUUGUAUUGUUUUCGCUGAUUCAUUUCUCGCUCCCUCAUCUCUGCUGAUAUAGAAGAGAGUAUCUAAUUUUAGUGCUAUAGUCUUGGUUCUCUGUUGGCUCCAAAAACGAGGUUAAGGUCCUUCCCUUUUCGUUUGAGGUCCUCCACCUUUUAAUGUUUUGCCUGUCUCCAAUUCUCUUUUUGCCUUACACGUUCAAUCUUCCACUUUUUAGAGAGAGAAAGAAAGGAGAGUCCCUUUUUUGUAUUAUAGAGGUGGCAAUCAAGACCUUAACCUUUCUUGCUAUUACUUUUUCAGUUUUCUUUCAGGAUUCAGAUUCUGUACUGUACUACAACUGCCUGCCAUUUCCAUUCCUUUUCUUUUUUCUAUAUAUCUAUUGAUUGAUGUAAUUUACUCCGUCUGCUAUUAAAAUCUCCUCUCUUCUAAUUCUAAUCUUCUGCACUCAAAACGACAGCCUGAUCUUCCUCUCUUUCUCUCUCUAAAGAAAUGGGCAGUGCUCAAAUUUGCUACUGUUCAAACAGAAAUAGAAAAUUGACCAUUUCCUUGCUGCUUUUCUUGCUUGCCACAUUUACCCUCUUGAGAUUUUCAGUAGAAGGAAGAGCAAUUACCAAGCUACUGGAGGUUGCUUCUGCUCAGAGAGUAGAAGAUGAUGAGAAGGUUUUGAUGAGAACUCAAGUGAUAGGGUCAACGCCGCCGAGGUGUGAAAGAAGAUGCAAUUCUUGCGGGCAUUGUGAGGCAGUUCAAGUUCCAGUAACACCACAAUUUCAAAGCCAUAGGAGAAAUCACUUAUCUACUGCAAUCUCUUCCAUUGCUUACUCUAGAGGUGAUGAUGCCUCCAAUUACAAGCCUAUGAGCUGGAAAUGCAAGUGUGGCAACUUGAUUCUCAAUCCUUAAUUAAUUCAAAUUAAGCAAAUUAAUCAAUUAACUAAUAAUAGCAUGUGUGCCUGGUAAGAAAAUUGACAAAGAGAAAAAUCAUCUUUUUGAAUUGUGGAUAUAUGUAACUGACUUCAACUAGAUGGAAAUAUCAAAUAUGAAUUUGCAGAGUGUUCUCUUUUAUUUUGCUGUGCCUGUAAUAAAUUGUUUUCCCCUUAUAAAAUAUUUUUCUUUUCUGUGCAAA